GAUAAAGAUUUCCUUAUUGUUUCAUUACAUAUUCCUAUCCUGUUUUGAGGCGAAGCAUGAUGCUUGCCGACCUCAAUUGCUAAUUAGGGGAAUCCAGACACUCCCAAGUCCCAAACCUUAAAAUAGGAAUAAAGUUGCACCUUUUGUUCGAAAUAUUUCUUACAGAAAGUAAAAGCUUCCAUAAUUCACGUUAAGAAUCCAAUUCCAUCUUGUAUUUGCUCCAUUUCACGCGGUUCCAUAAAUCAUUAGAACCCCACUUCUCUUUUUUUCUUUUGUCUCUUUCUCUUCCACUUCUCAUCUUUGUCCAAGCCUUGGAGUUUUACAUACACCUCUUCUGCUUCUCCUCAUGGCAAAUGUUGUGGAAGUGAAAGUCGGUUUGCACUGUGAAGAUUGUAUCAAGAAAAUCCUCAAGGCCAUCAAGAAAAUUGAAGAUAUUGAAACGUAUAACGUGGACACACAGCUGAACAAGGUCAUUGUUACGGGAAACGUCACAACAGAACAAGUGAUCAGAGUCCUUCAAAAGAUUGGCAAGAAUGCAACUGCCUGGGAAGAUGCUGAAACCAAUAAGUGAAUUUUUUUUUUGUCCGUAGGGGAAUUGAGCACUGUAUCAGAUGUUUUACAACACUCGCACACCUACCCUGCUCAAGUUCCUGAAUUAACCCCCUUAUAUAAGUGAACUUGUUUAGAAUAGUACACUUUUUCUCCCCUCGAAACCUAUCCUUGUAUACUAUAAUCUAUAUAUUGUGAAUAGUUGAACUAUAUAUUGUGAUAUAUAUAUAUAUAUUUGAACCAUUGGAUGA